ACGGUCUUACUUCCUGUUUCCUGUUUUCCUUCCACACACGUGUUCUAACCCGAACCCCCUAAACCCUGUGGAGAGGAAACGGUGAGAACCUCCACAGAAUCCUAACAGUCCGGGUCCCGGUACCGCAGUGCAGUCCGCCAUGCUCGAGCAGCUGGGUCUGAUCGGGACGAUCCGGGACGAGGAGGACAGUCCGGAGGAGCCCGACACCGAGUCCGAACAGGAGGACGAGCCCAUUGUUCUGAACAGAAAGAAGAAGUUUGGGAAUCGCGGGGCGAAAGACUUCAACGCUGACUUUGAGUUUGGCGAGAGAGAUGGACUGAACUGUGACGAGGACUGGGUGAUGGCCGAUGUCAUGAAACAGCUCAAGAACAAGGUAGAACCUGCAGCAGAACCUGUUCUCUUGUUCAACUUGAACUGCAGUAACCUCUGUUUCACAACACUUUUCAGUGCCUCUCCUCCUCCUUUCUCUCUCAGCAGCCUCCGACCCUCCUGA